AUGGUUUUGGAAUUCACCGGCGAUGAUGGGCGCUUGGAAGGGGCCGACGAAUUUUCACGAGACUCAUUCGCCGCCCUACGCAAGGCCUUGGAGAUGGAGCCGCCGCCUACAACGGCACCACCCGAGGAGCGGCAGAGGUUUCGAGCGCUGCUGGAGGAAAUGACCGCUAGGAGACGGCUCUGUCGUCAGCUGUUGAAGAACAUCCAGACAGCGCUGCAGUGCUCGGAAGUCUUGCAGGCUGGCCUCGCCAACAUCUUUCAGGGUCCCAUGAUGGAUGCCUUGAAGGUCGCAGUGAAGGCGCCUGUGAGAGUGGGAUUGUCCCUCUUUGGCACAGCAAUUGACAUCGUGUCGAGCGUCAUCCAAGAUGACCCCUCCAGAGUGCCGCAACUGAUAGAAACGAACGUUCUGCCCGCCGUGAUGGGCGUUCUCAGCAAGGAGACUAUGCGAAGCACGGAGUGCCUUUCCUUCGUGCCCGGCAUCCUGGCCUCGGUCGCCUUGCAUGCCGUGGGUGAAGACUUCAUCCUGGGCCUCGCAUCGAAGCCCAUCCAACUUGUCAUCGACGUCCUGGUGGAUCCCAGCUUUGUGCCGCUUCUCUACUCGCAGCCGGAGCUGGCCUCAG